AUGGCAUCUGCUGUAAUCAGUUCAGUUUCUACCACUGCAUCUCGUUUUGCUUUACUACAAGUUGAAAGCGAUACUGAUUCAGAACCUCGAAAAGGAAGAAGUGGCCAAGGUGCCAGUAAAUCUCAGGCUUCAGGUGGAAGAUCAUCUACAAACGAGAAAAAAAGAAAGAAAAGGAGAAAAAAGAAAGAACAGCAGCAAAUUGAGGCCAGUGAGCUCAGAAACAUUGCUUUUAAAAAGAUUCCUCAGAAAUCCUCAUAUGGAGGCUGUCUAUCUCAACAUAAACAAAAACUGCACACUGCAGUGCAGAAGGGCUCUCAGGAAGAAAACUGGCAGAAGUGGAGACAAAGAGAUGAACAGCUGACGUCUGACUUGUUUGAAGCUGAUCUUGAGAAAGCAUUGCUGCUAAGCAAACUGGAAUAUGAAGAGCACAAAAAGGAAUGUGAAAAUGUUGAAAGUACUUCACCCCAGUCAAAGUCUGUGAAUAAGAAAAAGAAUCAGCAAGGAAAAGACAAGCCUCUCACUGUGCCUCUGAAAGACUUUCAGUCAGACAAUAACCUUGCUAAAAAGCAUGAGGAACUGAACUCUUCCCAGUCUUCGUUGCAUGAUGGAGGAUUUUUCAACAGGCUGGAAGAUGGUGUUCACAGAAUACUUGAAAGAGAGAAAAGGAGAGUCCAGCUUGCUGAUUACAGUGAAACAGACAAAUGUACAUCUCAAGAACAGAACCAGGAGAGUGCUUUGAAAGAUGGAAAAACAGAACAACUAGAGCUUGAGCUUGAAAAGAAAGUUGCAGAAAUUGAGCAACUGAAAACCAGAAUAACUCAGUGGGAGGCAAAGUAUAAAGAAGUAAAAGCAAGAAAUGCACAGCUUCUGAAGAUGAUGCAAGAAGGUAAAAUGAAAGACAAAGCAGAAAUACUCCUACAGGUUGAUGAAUCUCAAGUUACCAAAAAUGAAUUGACUGUACAGGUAAGUAAUUUUACUUCAUUAUAAUAGCAAGAAAGUUCCAAAGUGAAACUACUGCAGGUAGAAUUAAAAAAAUACCAGAGUGGGAAAAAAGGGAAGAGGCACUUAGAAUCUGACUAGUGCAGGUGA